ACACAAUCCUUCCUCGUUACUGAAGUCACUUUGAGCUUUCCAGUUCUCAGGGGUUUUCUUCGAUCUAACUACCUCGCUUUCAGCUAUGAGAAUCGUCAGCAUUUUGGCUCUUGUUGGGGUGGUUACCGCCCAGCAACUUCCGUCCAGCAGCUACAGAGCGCCAACAGGCCAGUUUACAAACGGCUUCGGCCCCGUUAACGGAAGAGUCAACGGCAACGGAGCUCCUCCCAGCAGAUCCUACGGCGCUCCUAACGGCAGAUUCGGAAGUGGAGGUGAAAUUGGGGAGCUAACUGAGAGCAUUCCCGGAGGCGGAGUCCCUGGACAGGACUUUCCUAUCCUGGCCUCCGUCCCCGACACAGGCUUCUCUUGCGACGCCCAGAACGUCCCUGGGUAUUACGCCGAUACGGCUCGUGAGGCCGGCUGCCAGGUCUUCCACAUCUGCCAGGACAGGCCAACAGGACAACGGCAGCAGGACUCCUUCCUCUGCCCCAACGGCACCAUCUUCAACCAACAGUACCUCGUCUGCGACUGGUGGUACAACUUCGACUGCUCCUCUGCCGAGAGCUUCUAUUCCGUCAACGAACUCAUUGGAAUCGACGCGAAUAACGGAGGAUACAGUAACGGGAAUGGUAACAGAAGGGUCGGCAAUGGUAACGGAAGGGUUGAUAAUGGUAACGGAAGGGUUGGCAAUGGUAACAGAGGAUACGGCGGUGGCAACGGAGGGAGAAACGGAAAUGGCAGACUGAAUGCAAUCAGACAACCCUCCAACUCCUACGGAGCUCCACUUUGAAAAUAUACUAAAGAUAGAUGAAGUUACGAAACUACGCUCUUGAAAUCAAAUUACAUUCUCUGUCUGAAUUCCAAAUGCAAAUAAAAGUUCUAUAAAUCAAAUUACUUUCUCUCUCUGAAU